AUGCGACGUUUCGAUUUACUCUACCUACUGCUAUGGCUCUGUAUGACCGAUUUCUUACCACAACUGGCCAAGGCGGCAUUCUACCCAGAAUACUCCCUAGCCCGGUUCGCAGGAGUAGACAGCGAGAGUGGUGGCAAGCACGGGUUUCCCUCACUCGCUGAACAUGAGGGCCAGUUAUGGCAACCAGGAUCUGUUCCUCCCUACUAUCAACCUUACGACAACUCUGCGGCAGUCACGGAAAAUUUCUCCAUAUGGGAAGAUCCCCCCAGCUCGUGGGGCGGCGGCCUCUGGGAAGAUAGCGAGAGCAGGCCGCCAAAGCAAGCACGCCUGGAGAGCUUCAUAACCCCCGCUCAGGAUCAAGCAUAUUGGGUAGAUAACGAGUCUCGGAUCGUGGAGUCAAGUUGGGACUUGAGAGCAUCGGACCCCAUAGCACUCCAUCAGCAUCAGAAACAGGCGGUCGACGCAACGCCAACAGGGUGUUGCCAACAGCCUGUCGGCGUUGCGUCCACUCAUGCCGCGCGAGAGGACCCAGUUAACAACCAGUUCGAGGAGAUGCUGAGUCUGGAUCGGCCAGCCAUCCUUCCGACCCCCUUGGCUCAGAUUGAGUCACCCAGGGUGCCAUUCCAGGCCACACUGAACAAACAUAGACUGCCCGAGUAUACACAACUCGCCAUACGAUAUGUCAAUAAAUUCCAACCGGCGCUCAGAAGAGUCUUUGAAUGUCAGUUAGAUCAAGAAUUCUGGACAGGUCCGGCCAUGAUGGGAGCCAAGUUCCCCGAGAGUGGUAUGAUCAUUCGAGCCAGGGAUCCCAACGAUUCUACGGCUUUGGUGGUCCCCUUCGGCCCCAGUCAAAAAUUACACGAUAUCCAAAGCUUGUCGAUAGCCUUGACUGAACUCCACAUCUGGAUCAUCCACGUUCACUCAGUCCUAUGGACAAAAAUUGUGGACGCAAGGAGUGUCAAAGCUGACCGUCAAAAACUGAUACUCUGGCUCUUUGGAGAAAUUUUUAACCCCAAGCAGGGUCUUCCGGUAGUUGGAAAAGUCUAUUUGAAGAAUCCACUCGACAGAGCUUUUGGAAUCAUUCAGUCAUGGUUGAUCAAGUACCUACUCGGGCGGGAAUCCGUCCCGACGACCUCCUCGGCAAUCGUGGCCAUCUGGUCAAAGAAUACUCAGCCCGAACAGUGGCGGGAAAAGAUCACAUUUGAUCACUACUUUUGGGCACGAGCUACGAUCCUACUCAAGAAAGAUGCUGUAACCCUGCCACCUACUAUCAAUCCUGAAAAUAGUGACCAUAUGGUCCUAAAAAGAAAGAGAAUAAACAACGAAAUCCCAAGAAAGCUGCAGAUAGGAGACUUUGCACUCAUUGACAUGAGAUAUCCGGCUCAAUACUCUAGUAACACAGCGACAUUAACUUGGUUGACAGCGCCCUUUCUCUGGAAACUUCCAAAGACAGUCGACGGGCUGGGGAAGCCGAUCAUGGAAAAAUUUUCGCGGAUCGCAGGGAAAGAGCUUGGGGGGACUCGACAAAUCCACAAGAUUUUCCACAAGGAAGGAGUGGCGCUCACGCAUCACAAGUCCGACAGCAUAGACCAGCUCCGUGUCCGGCUUUGGUCAGCCGAAAAGGAAGACCUAACAAGACUCUAUUCGGCAGGAGACAAGCUCAAGAAACUGCUGAUCUCGGUCGAAGUCUGCUCGAGCUCGAUCCUUUCUCACCUUGUCAACACCUCAAAGGAGCCCAUCGAAUCCCCCCCUUCCCAGACAGCCCACUUCAACUGGCUCGCUCGGAAGUUGUUCGACGUCGAGGUACUCUUCCCAAUCUUCGGAAAGGUCCAGCGGAGCGUCGUUGACAGCGCAAGUGAAGACACCCCGCCCUUCGAUGAAGUGCAGAUCUUCCUCCUCAAGAUUUUCAUCGAUAAUAAGGGCCUGUUCAAGUUCUUUGAAGCCGCCCUUGCACUCUUGGGUUAUUGGUUGAAAAAUGAAAACCCAAGCUUUUGGAAUCAACACCUUAAAUCGGAUGAGUUCUAUUCCAAAAUGAUCAUGUCAGCCAUCGACAGAAAGUUUGUAAGAUAA